AUGGCAAAAAUUAAUGUUGGAAUCAAAUUUCGUCCAAACUUAUCAAGUGAAGUUGAGAAGCAAGAUAAGUGGAUUGUUGAUGGAAAAACGAUCAAGUCUGUUGAUAACAAGCAUACAUUACAAUUUGAACACGUCUUUGGAUCCACGGCUGUUACUGAAGAGGUUUACGACGCCUUAGCAAAACCAAUCGUCAAGAAAGCGUUCAAAGGAUAUAAUGGAACCAUUUUCGCUUAUGGGCAAACUUCAAGCGGAAAAACUCACACCAUGAUUGGAAAGAAUAAAAUGCCUGGAAUCAUCCCAUUGGCAGUUCGUGACAUCUUUCAUGAAAUCAACGAAACUAAGGAUCGAGAAUUCGUCGUGAAAAUCGGCUACAUUGAGAUUUAUAACGACAAAGUUUAUGAUCUCUUUGAAGACGGUAAAACGGAACUUUCCAUUUUCGAAUCCAAUGGACACGUCUUGGUAAAUCAGAAGGAGUAUGUGGCUGCAUCCGAAAAGGAAGUUUUGAAAAAAUUUAAAAUGAAUAACAAAUGCAAGAGAAUGACUGGAACAAGCACCAACGAAAAUUCAAGUCGAUCGCAUACAAUUUUCCGAAUAACGAUCAAAUCGCAGAAAAAGGAUGACGCUGAGGAUUCACGCAAUUCGAAUCUAUUCUUAGUGGAUUUGGCUGGAAGUGAAAAACCAGAUGCGUCAGUAGCAACAACAUUUAAUGAAGGCCUGCACAUCAACCAAAGUCUUCUUGUUCUUGGGAAAAUCAUCCGAGAACUAGCGAAGAAAAAUUCGAGUUUGAAGCGCGUCAACUUUCGUGAAUGCAAGCUAGCAAGGAUUCUUUCACCAGCACUGGGUGGGAACUCUUAUACUUCGGUGAUUUGCAAUGUUGCUUCAACAGUUCUUGAUGAAACAUACUACACACUUUGCUUCGCUCAAAGUGCAGAGAAAGCUAAAACAGUUCCGAAGUUUAAUCUUGCUAACAGUACAGAACGUGAGUUUAGUCUGCUGAGGUUUUCAACAUCUUCAUCUUCGUCAUCUGAGGCAUCAGGAAAUGUAAAUAUUAGUUUAAAACGAAAAUUACCAUUCAGUCCAUUAACAGUAUCGGGGAGUCCUUCACGUAUCCCGAAGAGAAUAAAACCUAAAUUAUCUGAUGAGAUGAAUGAUCAUUUGAAGCAAUUAAAAUUGUCUGAAAGUAGCAACGGUGAAGAAAAAGAAGACUAUGAAGCGAUGAUUAAAGAGAAGGACAAUAUCAUCAGGAAUUUACAAGAAGAAACACGCGAGCUUAAGGCUGAAAUUUUUCAGAUGCGAGGUGAAAUCAAAGGAAACAACGAGCUUUUGAUAGAGAGACAACAAGAAAAUGACGAGUCAGAAAAGAAAAUCGCCGACUUCAACGAAGAAGUCAAACUUUACUCUGCUGCCAUUCGUGAUUUUCAAGUUACGAUUCAAGAUUUUGAGAAACGAAUGUUGGAAGCGAUUGAGAAAAAUAACAAAAUGAGAGCAAAUUUUGAUAAAAAAUUUAAAGAAUGCAAUGCCAUUAUUGAUGAAAAAGAUGCGGAAAUUAUGGAAAUGUACAAAGAAUUGGCGACUCAGAAUAUCUUGAUGAAAGAUAAGACAAACAUCGAACUGAGAAACUAUUUGAAAUUCGAACGAAGUCAUAAACUUCGAUACACAUCAACAAGAAACCAAUUCAACACAUUAAUGGAUCAAUUGGAGAGUAAAAGUGUAACAAUCAAAGAGAAAAACGACGAAAUUAAAAGGCUUCAAAAUCAGUUGAGGAAUUAUGAACCAAUGAAUCGUGGCAACCAAGGUGGCAAUGAUGAAAACUAA